CCAAUGGGAGACCCUCUAACCUUCCCUGCCAACAUCCUUCUCUGGGGGCCACCCAUGUUCCGAGCCAUCAGAGCCAGGGCGCUCACCAAAUGGCUGCACUUGCACCGCCUGCUGCUGCUCCCCCACCGCCUCUGCCCCUGGCUCACCUAGUGCCCGCGCUUCCACUGCCUCUCCCCCAUGUUCCCCCACCUGUUCCGUCUUCCUUCCCCCAUUCCACAGCCCAUGGAAGACCCCUCAACCUUCCCCAACAAUAUCUUCCUGUGCAGUCCGCCCAUGUUCGGUGCCAUCAGCCCGCGGGCGCUCACCGAGUGGCUGUGCUUCCACGCUCUCUCCCUUUCCCAUGUGCCCUCUCACAGCCCAUGGAGGACCCAUCAACCUUCCCCAACAAUAUCGUCCUGUGCGGGCCGCCCAUGUUCGGCGCUAUCAGCCCGCGGGCGCUCACCGAGUGGCUGCACUUCCACCGCCUGCUGCUGCCGGUGGACCGUUUUGUCCUGUAUGACGCGGGCGGCGUGGUGGACCAUGCUGACGUCAGCAGCGCAGUGCAGCCGUGGGUGCGGGCGGGGGUGGUGGAGGUGGUGGGGUUUGAGGAGUCAACGCAGUAUGACGUGUGGUCCUACGCUCAGGCUCUAUCAACGCACGACUGCCUGUACGGGAAUCGUCACGGGGCGCGGUGGCUGCUCUUUGCUGACCUGGACGAGUUUGUCGAGGUGCUGCCGCCUGCCACGCUCCAGCAGCUGCUACAGGACAACGCCGGCCGCCCGUGGAUCACGUUUGGGUGCACGGUGUUCAACAGCUCGUUCUGCCGCCCGCAGGAGCCGUGGAACGGCGGCGCCACUAGGAGAAGAAGGAGGAUGUUGCUACAGGGGGGAGGGGCAACAGGGAGGAGGGGCAAACAGGGGAGGGGGAACAAGAACUUCGGCCACCGCAAGUACAUCCUCAACCCGCGCCGCGUCUCCCUCGCUCAGGCCAAGUUCAUUUCCCACCCCUACUCCCGCUCGCCCCAUGCCCCCCCUCGUCCAUGCCCUCCUCGCCCCAUUGCCCCCCCUCGUCCCCCCGUCUGCCGCGCCUACCCUCUCACAGAUCCAUACGUCUCAAAAGUCAACUUUUAUCACCUCGCCCGACAUGCUCCCCUCGCCGCCCCUGUCUGCCGCGCCUCCCUCGCACAGAUCCACGUGAUCAUCGGCGGCGAUAUGGACGGCCUGGAUCUGCCGACGGACGUGGCGAGAUUCGCGCACUACAGGGGGCUGACAACACGCGGUACCCAUGUGCGACCUGGGUGCUCCCAGCCGCUGGUGGCGCUACCACGAUGGGUGGCACGCAUGGCCCAGGCUGCCCGCUCCUGCCCUUCUCUUGUCACAGCCGUUCCUGAGGUGAGGCGUGCUUGA